GAAACACAGAUGUUAUUUGAAGACGUUCUAAAAUCCGCUAUGGGAAAAAUGAAUGGGGAAAAAACCAUUGGAACCAUUUCCGUAUUUGACCGCUAGGUUUUAUGGGCAUUGUGAUUUAUAUUGCGGUACUCCAUAGGCUACUACUUCUGAUACCUGUAAAUCUACCCUUAAAGAUCACUGAAAAUAAAAAAUAUCUACUUUCGUUUCACCCCAGUGGUAUUUGACAGUUCCCCUCAAUUCUCUGACGUUUACCCCGCCCCAUCAAUCCUGGGUUGUUUACAAUACUGCCACAGGCCAGGAAUGGUAAAGGGGCUGACGGACUCUUUUGGAACAUACCUCGUCAACUAGCUACUUUUACGAUAGAGGUCGUCUCUGAAAAGUAUUAGCGCACAGGGAAAGGUGCCACGCAAGAGCGGCCCGGCAACUCGACUGCAGCACGACCUUGGAUUGGAAAAGUAAGCACCUUCGCCACCCGAAAAUAACAGUUGCGAGGCUCCCACUUCCUGGGGUGUGAGGGAUUGAUCUCCUGUCACCAUGGACAUGGACACCCAGCCACAAGGCCAGCAGGCAGCAGUACCCGUGUUCCAGCCUCAGAAGCCGCUUCAGCCGGACAUGGGCCACAACUCUCUGGCUAACUUCCAGAUUGAGAAGAAGAUUGGGCGGGGCCAGUUCAGUGAGGUGUACCGGGCCAGGUACCUGAUGGACAACACCUCCAUGGCCCUCAAGAAGGUUCAGAUAUUCGACUUGAUGGAUGCCAAAGCUCGGCAAGAUUGCAUCAAAGAAAUAGAUCUCCUAAAGCAACUGAACCACCCAAACGUGAUCAAGUACCAUGCAUCAUUUAUUGAGGAGAAUGAGCUGAACAUUGUGUUGGAGCUGGCCGAUGCUGGUGACCUCUCCCGGAUGAUCAAGCACUUCAAGAAGCAGCGAAGGUUAAUUCCAGAGAGGACAGUGUGGAAGUACUUUGUCCAGCUGUGCAGUGCGCUGGAACACAUGCACUCCCGACGGGUCAUGCACAGAGAUAUAAAGCCAGCUAAUGUGUUCAUAACAGCCACAGGAGUGGUGAAGCUGGGAGAUCUGGGACUAGGACGAUUCUUCAGCUCUAAAACCACCGCUGCCCAUUCUUUAGUCGGGACCCCGUACUACAUGUCUCCAGAGAGAAUACAUGAAAACGGAUACAACUUCAAAUCUGACAUCUGGUCUCUAGGCUGCCUGCUCUACGAGAUGGCAGCUCUCCAGAGCCCGUUCUAUGGCGAUAAGAUGAACCUGUACUCUCUGUGUAAGAAGAUAGAGCAGUGUGACUACCCUCCGCUCCCUUCCGACCACUACUCUGAAGAGCUGAGGAAGGUGGUAGAUAUGUGUAUUAACCCCGACCCAGAGAAGAGGCCGGACAUCAUGUAUGUGUAUGACGUCGCCAAACACAUGCACGGCCAGACGCAGCAGGGCAGCUAAGUCUACACCUGAGGAUACAAUACAACCCGCAUCUCUUUCUCUCUUCCCUCCUCCUUUCAUCCCUCGCUUCCACAUAAGGACAGGCAGACACCAAUCUCGUCUUUCACACAAUCAUGUAUUGAGAAGUUCUGCAAAAAAAAAAGUUAUGUAAUGUAGGUGUUUUGUUUAAGAGAAGGGGGUUAUUUACAGUGCAUUCGUAAAGUAUUCAGACCCCUUCACUUUUUCCACAUUUUGCUACUUUACAGCCUUAUCCUAAAAUGGAUUAAAUGUUUUUUCCCCUCAUCAAUCUACACACAAUACCCCAUAAUGACAUACAGUUGAAGUCGGAAGUUUACAUACACCUUAUCCAAGUACAUUUAAACUCAGUUUUUCACAAUUCCUGACAUUUAACUAGAGUAAAAAUGCCCUGUCUUAGGUCAGUUAGGAUCACCACUUUAUUUUAACAAUGUGAAAUGUCAGAAUAAUAGUAGAAAGAAUGAUUUAUUUCAGCUUUCAUUUCUUUCAUCACAUUCCCAGUGGGUCAGACGUUUACAUACACUCAAUUAGUAUUUGCUAGCAUUGCCUUUUGAAUGGUUUAACUUGGGUCAAACGUUUUGGGUAGCCUUCCACAAGCUUCCCACAAUAAGUUUGGUGAAUUUUGGCUCAUUCCUCCUGACAGAGCUGGUGUAACUGAGUCGGGUUUGUAGGCCUCCUUGCUCACACACGCUUUUUCAGUUCUGCCCGCAAAUUUUCUAUGGGAUUGAGGUCAGGGCUUUGUGAUGGCCACUCUAAUACCUUGACGUUGUUGUCCUUACGCUAUUUUGCCAUGACUUUGGAAGUAUGCUUGGGGUCAUUGUCCAUUUGGAAGAUCCAUUUGCGACCAAGCUUUGACUUCCUGACUGAUGUCUUGAAAUGUUGCUUUAAUAUAUCUGCAUAUUUUUCCUUCCUCAUGUUGCCAUCUAUUUUGUGAAGUACACCAGUUCCUCCUGCAGCAAAGCACCCCCAACAACAUGAUGCUACCACCCCUGUGCGUCCUGUGCUUCACGGUUGGGGAUGGUAUUCUUUGGCUUGCAAGCCUCACCCUUUUUCCUCCUAACAUAACGAUGGUCAUUAUGGCCAAACAGUUCUAUUUUUGUUUCAUCAGACCAGAGGACAUUUCUCCAAAAAGUACAGUCUUUGUCCCCAUGUGCAGUUGCAAACCAUAGUCUGGCUUUUUUUAUGGCGGUUUUGGAGCAGUGGCUUCUUCCUUGUCGAACGUCCUUUCAGGUUAUGUCGAUAUAGGAUUCGUUUUACUGUGGAUAUAGAUAAUUUUGUACCUGUUUCCUCCAGCAUCUUCACAAGGUCUUUUGCUGCGGGCCGAACAAGCCGCCCUUAACAUCAACGGGGCUGUAGUGGAGCGGGAAGAGUUUCAAGUUGGUCCAAACAGACCAAGACAGUCGUGAAAAGGGCACGACAAAACCUUUUCCCUCUCAGGAGACUGAAAAGAUUCGGCAUGGGUCCCCAGAUUCUCAAAAAGUUCUACGGCUGCACCAUUGAGAGCAUCCUGACCGGUUGCAUCACCGCCUGGUAUGACAACUUGCUCGGGCAUCUCACCGUAAGGUGCUACAGAUGGUAGUGCGUACGGCCCAGUAUAUCACUGGGGCCAAGAUUCCUGCCAUCCAGGACCUAUAUAAUAGGCAGUCACUCAAGUCAUAGACUGUUUUCUCUGCUACCGCACGUCAAGCGUUAACGGAGCGCCAUGUCUCGGACCAAAAGGCUCUUCAACAGCUUCUACCCCUAAGCCAUAAGACUGCUGAAAAAAUAAUCAAAUAGCCACCGUACUAUUACAUUGACCCAUUUGUUUUGUACACUGCUGCUAUUCGCUGUUUAUUAUCUAUGCAAAGUCACUUCACCCUUACCUACAUGUACAAAUGACCUCAACUAACCUGUACCACCACACACAGACUCUGUACCGGUACCCCCUGUAUAUAGCCUCGUUAUUGUGUUACUUUUUGUUAUUCUUUUAUUUUAUUUUUUAACUGUUCUUGAACUGCACUGUUGGUUAAGGGCUUGUAAGUAAGCAUUUCACGGUAAGUUCUACACUUGUUGUUUUCAGCUCAUUGAUUUGAUUUGAAGUCCGGCCUCUGGCUGGGUCACUCAAGGACAUUGAGACUUGUCCCGAGACCACUCCUGAGUUGUCUUGGCUGUGUGCUUAGGUUCGUUGUCCUGUUGGAAGGUGAACCUUCACCCAUCUGAGGUCCUGAGCGCUCUGGAGCAGGUUUUCAUCAAGGAUCUCUCUCAUCAAGGAUCUCUUGCUCCUUUCAUCUUUCCCUCAAUCCUGACUGGUCUCCCAGUCCCUCCCUCUGAACAACAUCCCACAGCAUGAUGCUGCCACCACCGUGCUUCACCAUAGGGAUGGUAUUGGCCAGGUGAUGAGCGGUGCCUGGUUUCCUCAAGACGUAACAUUUGGCAUUCAGGCCAAAGAGUUCAUUCUUGGUUUCAUCAGACCAGAAAAUCUUGUUUCUUAUGGUCCGAGUCCUUUAGGUGUCUUUUGUCAAACUCCAAGUGGGCUGUCAUGCACCUUUUACUGGGGAGUGGAUUCGAUCUGGCCUCUCUACCAUGAAGGCCUGAUUGGUGGAGUGCUGUAGAGAAGGUACUCCCAUUUCCACAGAGUGAACUUCGGGUUCUUGGUCACCUCCCUGACCAAGGCCCUUCUAUCCCGAUUGGGUGGCCAGCUCUAGGUAGAGUCUUGGUGGUUCCAAGAUUCUUCCAUUUGAGAAUGAUGGAGGCCACUUUGUUCUUGGGGACCUUUAAUGCUGCAGAAAUGUGUUGGUACCCUUCCCCAGAUCUGUGCCUCGACACAAUCCUGUCUCGGUGCUCUACCGAUAACUCUUUCUACCUCCUGGCUAGGUUUUUGCUCUGACAUGCACUGUCAACUGUGGGACCUUAUAUAGACAAGUGUGUGCAUUUCCAAAUCAUGUCCAAUCAAUUUCAUUUACCACGGGUAGAGUCCAAUCAAGUUGUAGGAACAAAUCAAGGAUGAUCAAUGGAAACAGGAUGCACCUGAGCUCAAUUUCGAGUCUCACAGUAAAGGGUCUGAAUACUUAUGUAAAGGUAUUUCCGUUUUUUAUUUUGUCUAAAAACCUGGUUUUGCUUUGUCAUUAUUGUGUGUAGAUUGGGGAAGGAAAAAAAUGGUAUACAUUUUAUAAUAAAAUAAAAAGCUAAUACAACAGGGGAAACGCUUAGUUUACAACAGGGGAAACGCUUAUUUUACAACAGGGGAAACACUUAGUUUACAACAGGGGAAACGCUUAGUUUACAACAGGGGAAACGCUUAGUUUACAACAGGGGAAACGCUUAGUUUACAACAGGUGAAACGCUUAGUUUACAACAGGUGAAACGCUUAGUUUACAACAGGGGAAACGCUUAGUUUACAACAGGUGAAACGCUUAGUUUACAACAGGUGAAACGCUUAGUUUACAACAGGUGAAACGCUUAGUUUACAACAGGGGAAACGCUUAGUUUACAACAGGUGAAACGCUUAGUUUACAACAGGUGAAACGCUUAGUUUACAACAGGGGAAACGCUUAGUUUACAACAGGGGAAACGCUUAGUUUACAACAGGUGAAACGCUUAGUUUACAACAGGGGAAACGCUUAGUUUACAACAGGGGAAACGCUUAGUUUACAACAGGGGAAACGCUUAGUUUACAACAGGGGAAACGCUUAGUUUACAACAGGGGAAACGCUUAGUUUACAACAGGUGAAACGCUUAGUUUACAACAGGGGAAACGCUUAGUUUACAACAGGGGAAACGCUUAGUUUACAACAGGUGAAACGCUUAGUUUACAACAGGGGAAACGCUUAGUUUACAACAGGGGAAACGCUUAGUUUACAACAGGUGAAACGCUUAGUUUACAACAGGUGAAACGCUUAGUUUACAACAGGUGAAACGCUUAGUUUACAACAGGUGAAACGCUUAGUUUACAACAGGUGAAACGCUUAGUUUACAACAGGGGAAACGCUUAGUUUACAACAGGGGAAACGCUUAGUUUACAACAGGGGAAACGCUUAGUUUACAACAGGUGAAACGCUUAGUUUACAACAGGUGAAACGCUUAGUUUACAACAGGGGAAACGCUUAGUUUACAACAGGUGAAACGCUUAGUUUACAACAGGUGAAACGCUUAGUUUACAACAGGGGAAACGCUUAGUUUACAACAGGGGAAACGCUUAGUUUACAACAGGUGAAACGCUUAGUUUACAACAGGUGAAACGCUUAGUUUACAACAGGGGAAACGCUUAGUUUACAACAGGGGAAACGCUUCGUUUACAACAGGUUACUGUGAAACGCUUAGUUACAAGCCCUUAACCAACAAUGCAGUUCAAGAAAUAGUUAAGAAAAUAUUUAGUAAAAAAUGUAAUAAAAAGUCAAAUGACAAUAACGAGGCUGUAUACAGGGGGUACCGAGUCAAUGUGCAGGGGUACAGGCUAGUCAAGGUAAUUUGUACAUGUAGUUAGGGGUAAAGUGGCUAUGCAUAGAUAAUAAACAGCAUGACACUGUAACGUAACAAAAUGUAGAAUAAGUGAAGAGGUCUGAAUACUUUCCGAAUGCACUGUGUCCCAGAUAUAUCCUCUUUCUGUUCCUGUUGUGUUUAAAGAUUGCUGCGGUUAAGAAACGUACAAUGUUUCUGUUGUACCCUCCUGGCCCUGCCCUGGGGUGAUGGAGGACUUUCAGAGGAUUAGGAUCUCAAUUUAGGAUUCAACAUUAAGUAGUCUGCUGACACCUGUGUUACUGAUGUAUUUUGAUAAAUAUCAAUGAAUAUGUACUAUAUACACACACACACACACACACACACACACACACACACACACACACACACACACACACACACACACACACACACACACACA